GUUAUUCUUGUGUAAAGAUGUUUUCGCGCAACUGCUACUAAAAGUGUGCAAAUAGCAACUGUUGUUUAAGGUUCUGAUGGAUGAAUAGUUCCUGGUAGCCGAGAGAAGAAGCGUGCCUUGAAUUUGUGUACCCGGUUAUUUAUAUGCCUUUUCCGGGCUUGUUAGUUCAAAUCAAUCCGAACAGGAGAGGCGAACGCAAUCGUUUGUGUGAAUCUUUUAGCACGAUAAGAAAAGGAAAUUCAAUCAGCGUGAGCAGAACAGUGCAGAACGAAGAUGAAAUGACGACGAUGCGGUCUGCCUAUUAUUCUGCGACAGGCUUCGGUACACAGGGAUCACUGAAGUGAGAGCUGAUUGUUUUAUUAAUCAAGUGCUGUGAAGCUGUGCCGGACAUCAUCAAGAAUAGCAAAGAGUGGUGAUCAACCGAUGAGCAUAAUCAUUAGUUUUUAGACCGAUAUCAUAGUGCCUCGCUCGGAGCUACCAUUCGCCACCGUAGAGUCAACCGCUUUCCCGCGCGAUGGGAUGCGACUGUGAAUCAUGCAUAGCAAAAUCGCUGCUAUCACUGUUCAACUUCGUGUUCUUCGUUCUUGGCUCGAUUGUUCUGGGUGUGGGAAUAUGGCUUGUGGCAGACAAAUCAUCAUUCGUUGCCCUACUGAAAAUGGUUGAAAGUGAUCAAUUGGAGCACUUCACACAACCAGCAGUGAUAGAGCAGCUAGCAUAUUUUCUAAUCGCAAUAGGAGCAGUGAUGUUCUUCCUGAGCUUCCUUGGAUAUUGCGGGGCGUUGCGAGAAAGCCAGUGCCUACUGACGACGUAUGGACUGUUUUUGCUGGUGAUAUUGAUUCUUGAGGUGGCUGCCGGUGGACUAGCGGUGGCAUACAAGGACCGUGCCAAAACGGAGACUAAAAACUAUCUGCAGACGACGAUUUCCAAGUACUACUCGAGCAACGAUCGCAACCAGUCCGAUGCCGUCACGUUGAUGUGGAACUAUCUGAUGUCGGAGAUGCACUGCUGCGGGGUGGAGGACUACCGGGACUUCAGUUUGUCGGAUAAAUGGAACGAGAGCAAGGGCAGCCGGGUCGUUCCGGAGGCAUGCUGUGUGCAGACUGCUCUAUUCGAACCACAGGACAAGAAUUGUCCCUUCUCGCCCACCGAUAGCAAUAGUUACUACAAACAGGGUUGUUACGAUGCACUAAUUGACUGGAUCAUGUACAAUCGAAAUCUGGUCAUCAUUGUAGCCAUCGGUGUAGGACUGGUGCAGUUGGUAGCGAUAUUCCUAGCAUUUUGCUUAUGUAAAGCCAUCGACAAAUACCAGGGAAUGCGACUAUGAUGAAAAUUGAAACGUAAUUCUCGCCAAGUGUCAGCAACAAAUAGAGGAGAUAUUUUGA